CGUACUAAUUCCUAAACUACUAGUAGUAGUCUAAAAAAAGAAGUCAAAGAGAGACCUACCUUAAUCAAAUGCAUCGGCGCACAAAUCCCCAUCUUUGCCGAAGCACAUGAAUGGGAUAUUCGCCGCAGACUGAGCGAGUCAGUUAGUUAGUUUAUGAUGAGAUGAGUUAAUCCCCGAAAAAUCGUGACCUCAUCUCCAAAUGGGAUCUCAUCUCAUCUCAACUAUUUAAACGGCUCCAGCCUGCGUCUCAGUUGCGUUGCAGACUCUUUCUUUCCUCUCCUUUCUGUUCCUUGUUGAGCGAGUCAAGAUCGUUGUUGGGGGCGAGCCGCGAGCGACAAGGAAGCACGCAGGGGAGCCCUGCCUUCCUGCCUGCCGGUGCCAGAGACGGCAUGUUGGGCGGUCGCCGGUGCCUGGGCCUGGCGGCGUUCGUGGCCGCGCUCUUCCUCGUCGCCGACGCCGGGGUGACGAGCCGGUACCGGCGGAAGCUGGAGGCGACGGCGGACAUGCCGCUGGACGCCGACGUCUUCCGCGUGCCGCCGGGCUACAAUGCGCCGCAGCAGGUGCACAUCACGCUUGGCGACCAGGACGGCACGGCGAUGAUCGUGUCGUGGGUGACCCCCAACGAGCUGGGCAACAGCACGGUCAUGUACGGCGGCGCGCCGGACAAGCUGGAGCUCCGGGCGGAGGGCGUCCACACGCGCUACGACUACUUCAACUACACCUCCGGCUUCAUCCACCACUGCGUCCUCCGGAACCUCAAGCACAGCACCAAGUACUACUACGCCAUGGGGUUCGGCCACACGGUGAGGACCUUCUGGUUCACCACGCCGCCCAAGCCGGGGCCGGAUGUGCCCUACAAGUUCGGCCUCAUAGGCGACCUUGGUCAGACUUUCGACUCCAACAUCACGUUGUCGCACUACGAGCAGAACGGUGGCGACGCCGUGCUGUACGUCGGCGACCUCUCGUACGCCGACAACCACCCGCUGCACGACAACAACCGGUGGGACACGUGGGGCCGCUUCGCCGAGCGCAGCGCCGCCUACCAGCCGUGGAUCUGGACUGCCGGCAACCACGAGCUGGACUUCGCGCCGGAGCUGGGCGAGACGACGCCCUUCAAGCCCUUCGCCCACCGCUACCCGACGCCGCACCGCGCCGCCGGCAGCACCGAGCCCUUCUGGUACUCGGUGCGCCUGGCCUCGGCGCACGUCAUCGUGCUCGCCUCCUACUCCGCCUACGGCAAGUACACGCCGCAGUGGGCGUGGCUGCAGGCGGAGCUCCGCCGCGUCGACCGCAAGGUGACCCCAUGGCUGGUCGUGCUCAUGCACUCGCCCUGGUACAACAGCAACGGCUACCACUACAUGGAGGGCGAGACGAUGCGGGUGCAGUUCGAGCGCUGGCUCGUCGACGCCCGGGCCGACCUCGUCCUCGCCGGCCACGUCCACGCGUACGAGCGCAGCCACCGCGUGUCCAACGUCGCCUACGACGUCGUCAACGGCAAGUCCACGCCGGCGAGGGACGCGGCGGCGCCCGUGUACGUGACCAUCGGCGACGGCGGCAACAUCGAGGGCAUCGCCGACAACUUCACGCAGCCGCAGCCGAGCUACUCGGCGUUCCGGGAGGCCAGCUUCGGCCACGCCACGCUCGACAUCAGGAACCGGACGCACGCCUACUACGCCUGGCACCGCAACCAGGACGGCGCAAAGGUCGUCGCCGACGGCGUCUGGCUCGCAAACAGGUACUGGCUGCCCACGCAGGACGACGACACCAACUAGAGAUUUCUUCUUCUUCUCGUUUCCGACGGCGACGAUCCUCCAUCUCUCCCUCCUCCUGCUGAGAGGCUGAUGAUGAGAUAGAUGAUUGAGCGAGCCAGCUUUGGACAUUAAUUAUUAAUUAAUUAAUGUUCCAUUUGGCAACUUUUCCUUCACGAAAAUACAGUAGUACUAUUUUAUUUUGUGAUGAUUCUUCGAUUGUAAUGAAUGAAGGAACAAACGAAUGAAUGAAGAUGUCAGCAGCAUACGGUAGUGUUUUAUUUGCCCAUCAAAAUAAAGCAAGGGAGUGGGCCGUAUCAUAUCAUAUA